GUCACUUCCUGGUUCGCUCUUUUCAGUCAAAUAUGGCGGCGACCUUGUGUGUGAAAUUACUACCGAAACAGGGUAAUGUAGAGUAAAUAGCGCAACAAUUACAUUAGAUAUCGUUUUAUAUUAACGCUAGAUGUCGUAUUCUGUUUCUAAAGCGAGUCAUAGUUAUUCGUAUUUGUUAUAUUUUUGUUAAACAGCGGGUUAAUCUGUAGUAAAGUAGCGUUAGCACAGCAGCUUCUUUCAUACACGUUGACAGUUUGCAGGUGUUUUUCUUUUAACACAGCUUUUUUUCGUCUUUUUCAGGAUGGCUCCCUCUCACACAGAUUGUCCGGCACGGCUCCAAGUCAGUGACUCGACACAGGAGACCGAUGCACAUCCUGAAGCAGAAGCUGAUGGCUGUUACCGAGUAUAUUCCUCCUCCCCCUGCUGCUCCUCGGGGUGCUUAUCCAUCCCAGAGCAGAAAAGUCAAAGAGGUGAUACUGGAGCUCCUUAUGAUGCUCUUCUUUCAUUUAUCUGCUCUCAUUUACAAAUCUACUGAUUGCUCACUUGUCCUGAGCUUUUGCACUCUUCAUUUUCAUCCACUCUCCUGAACAACAGUUGAAACCAGAAGCUUACAUACACUACAUAAAAAGGCACAUAACCUUUUUUUUUUCUCACCAUCUAACAUGAUAUCAGAUUAAACUUUUCUUGUUUUUGUUCAAUUAGGAUUAUCAAAAUUAUUUUUAUUUGCUAAAUGCCAGAAUAAUGAGUGAGGGAAUUUUUUAGAGAAUUUUUAAAUUAUUUUCUCGAGAGUCAAAAGUUUACACAUACUAAGAUGACUAUGCCUUUAAAUGAUUUGGGAAAGUCCAGAUGAUCAUAUCAUGUCUUUGGAAGCCUCUGAUUGGUUUAUUUUGUGUCAUUGUGAGACAGUUUCUCCUUUUUUUCGUUGUCAGGGCUCUCCUUUGGUGCUCCUCAUGAAGAAGGAGAUGGGGAAGGUGUUUCAGGAGAAUAAGAUGGUCGCUGUGGCCCAAAACAACGGCUGCAAUGCAGAAGACAUGAUGAUGCUGAGGCACAGUCUUUAUAAACAUGAUAUCAGAGUUCGGUUCUUUCCAAAUGAGGUAAAGCCUAUUGUGUUUAAACAUUAAAGUCUAAAGAGUGGUGGUUAAGAAAAUGAGCAAGAAGUCCCCAACAAGUAAAACCAAAUAGAUGCUGCACCAUCCUCUGAAAUCUUGCAUUUUUACUCUUUUCAGAGUUUGUAAAGAAAAUUUUAACCUCUGGUCUGUUAUUUUUCAGGUGGCACGGUUGUUCUUGAAAGAAAGCAUCUACUGCAACAUGACUCCUCUGUUCAUGGGCCCCACAAUCCUGAUAGUCAGCAAAGAGCCAAAAGUGAAGGAGAUGCUGAAGACUCUGAGAGGCAGCCCACAGAUGACACUCGUGGGUAUGUUGUGAACCGAUUUCUAUUUGUGUCUUUCCUUCCUGGAGUUUUUUGGCCGUGACAAUCAGUUUACAAAAAAGACAGAAAUGUGACAUUUAAGGGCAGACUUUGGCGCCCCCCUGAGGACAAAGCUAUACCUAGUGUAAUGUAGGAAUCAGUGCGUUUACAUGCAUAGCUUAAUCGGACUAAGCUCUUUAUUUGUUUUUUGUGUUUUUUCGCCAAGUUGGACUUCUCUCCUUGUCUGCGUAUACAUGCAGCUGAGAAAAUUAAAUUAUUGACGUGAACGUGUCCUCCUCCCCAAAACUAGAGGGUGAUAUGAGUCUUUUCAGCUGCACUGUUUCUGAUGAUGACAACCGUCAACAACAACAGCAGGUCUGUGCCAGACGUCAGAAAUGGCUACAACUGUUGUUCGGCAUUUUCGAGCAACAAGAUGGAGCAUCGUACAGCGUUGUUUUUGUCAUACAUGAUGUACACGCUACUUUUUCUGCAGAUGAGGUGCACGCUACUCCUCUUUUUUGGUGUUUUCGUUCUGGGCUUACGGGGGCGUGGUGCACACGCACAUGCGUUGUCCGAUCAUGCUCUGACUACGCUGGUUACAUGGUAGAGAAAAUUGAUUCCAGUUGCAUUAUCUAGGUGUCUUAAUUGGUGUUCUUGACUAAAGUCUUUACAUGCACUUCAGUUGUCCGGUCUUAAUCGGAGUAGGGCAAUAAUUCGGUUUUCUCAAGUGUCAUGUAAACGUACUGAGUGUUGUUGUUGAAGGUCUUGAAUUUAUUAGCCUGUUCUUAUGACAAGUGAAAAAUUCCUGAGGAGUGUUAGACGAGUGAAAAUAGAUUAUACUCUUGUAGUUCUUAACACACUGAACAUAUCAUGAGAAGUUCAACUGCAACUUUUUCUCCUUUUCUUCUCCAAACAGGCGGCUGCAUAGAGAACACAUUACUGAGCGUCCAGGGGCUGCAGAACUACUCCAAACUGCCGUCAGUGACUGUAGUACAGGGUGAACUGGUCAGCGGGCUCACAAUGAUGACGUCACGCACGGCCUCUCUGCUGCAGCGUCACCCGACUCACCUAUCCGCCCUGCUGCAGCAGUACAUCAAACAGCAGAGCUCAGACGCCGGCGCAGAGGCAGCUCCAAAAGCAGAGGAGGCAACGUAGAGCCAGAGAGGAAAACACUAAGACUGUUUCUAUGAUUCCAGCUGCUGGAAUAACAGGGGACUGUGGAUGCAAACUGCAGGAAAAAUACAGGAAUCUUGAAGAUUAGAAGAAGUUUGCAUAAAAAGGAACUCAGAAAUUUGAAGGGAGCUGUUCAAUCGGUGUUAAAUUCAACUAAAUUACUCAGUUUGCAUCCAUCCAUUGAGGCACUGAGGCUGCUACGAGUAACGAAAUCUGCAGGUUACUUCAUAAAAUGCAGCCAAACCUCUAAGUGGAAGUAUUGUAUGGACAAUGCUGCAAAAGUGUCUCAGCAACCCAGAAGAAUUCCUUUAUUUAAGGUUAUAUUUGAGUGUUAAUAAAUCCUGUCAAUGUAAUCUAUUUCUCU